UCGUUGUAGCGGAUUCGACGACGUUAUGAGGAAUCGUGGAGAUCAGGGAUUUUCCACUUCUUUCGAUGCAAUGACUGGAAUAUGCUGCACGCAUAACGAAGAAAAAGGGUUCUUGACGAGUAAUGAUGCAGUUCGAUUACAUUUGAGUGAGCGAGCGAGCAAGCCAGUGUAUUUUCUUUCCUAUCAUUAUAGCUUGUGUGGGUUUUUAUAUAUCAUCGUCGUUCAUCAAAUACCAAAUGCAAAACAUUCUGGAAUCCUAAUCAUCUGCCCGUCCACCUUCCAAUCUAAAAAUCUACAUGUCUUGCGUAUGGCUUGUGGUGUGUUGGAAACGAGUUCGUUCGCUGCCAUUGAUCCUUGGAACUCGCAUCGCAUACACACACGUGACACGCUACGUCACAGUAAGCGCCCGUGCUUUUGCCCACCCUCCCAUCUUUUCCUUGCCAGCGAACGGCUCGCGAAACAAGCAAUCUAG